AUGGACAAGGGUACUUUAUAUUACUUUGACAUCACCACUGGUGAUCCCCUCUUCUCCGGUAAUCACAAGAUCACAGAAGAUGGGGCCUUCUAUGAAGUCGAGUGCGUCCUGUCUAUCAACAAAGAGGACGGUCAAGAGGUCAAUAAUAUCGUUACAGAUAUGGGUCUACACCCAAUCCGGUUGACAAAGAUAGCCUACAACAAUUACUUGCUCAAUUACUUGAAGAAAUUGCGCCAAACAGGUCUCUUCAAAGAAAAUCGAGGCCUUGAGGUCGAGGUGAAGGUCGCUAUGAUCCAGAUGACCAUCAAUUUCGACCAUACCUCUUUCUUUACCACACAGAGAAGCAUAGAUAUCGCCCAAGAACCUGAUUUCGACAAAUGGGGGAGUAUCAUGCCUUUGAGGACACGAAGCGAUGGUUCAAAGUACUUUACAGUGCUAAGGGACGCGAUCGAGGCUAGGGCGUACUAA